GCGGCGGAGGCAGUGGCGGCGGAGGCGGCUCCGGGAGCCGGCGCAAAUCCGGCCCCGGGUGCGGGACCCGGGGACUUCCCUGGUCAACCAAUGGUGAAGACUUCAAGAUCCCAAUGCAGGGGGCCUGGAUUUGACCUCUGAUCAAGGAACUAGAUCCCACGUGCUGCAACUGAAGACCUUGCAUGUGACAACUAAGACCUGGUGCAGCCAAGCAGGUCUGGAAGAGCCCCACCUGGGCCCAAGUGUGCGGAGGAUGGAAACACUGCCCCGACAAUGUCUCUGGGCCGCCUCCUUCGCCGGGCCUCCUCCAAAGCCUCGGACUUCCUGACCCUCACCCCGGGUGGUGGCGGCGGCGGCGGCGGGCCCCCCACCGUCCUGGAUGGGGAGAUCAUCUACUCCAAGAACAAUGUCUGCGUGCACCCGCCAGAGGGGCUGCAGGGGCUGGGGGAACACCACCCAGGCUACCUGUGCUUGUACAUGGAGAAGGAUGAACUGCUGGGGGCCACCCUCAUCCUCGCGUGGGUCCCCAACUCCCGGAUCCAGAAGCAGGACGAGGAGGCGCUGCGCUAUAUCACCCCCGAGAGUUCCCCCGUGCGCAAGGCACCCCGCCCUCGGGGCCGGCGCACCCAGAGCUCAGGGGCCCCCCACCAGCCGUCCCCCACGGAGCCCAGGUCCACCCUGAUCCCCAGAGAUGAGGACAUCCUGGUGGUGGCCCAGAGCAUCCGAGACACCGAGUGCGUCAGCCCUUCGCCCGAGGAUGGGGAGAAGCUGGCCCCGGGCUUGGGGACAGACGGCCCCCUCCCAGCCUUGCCACCGGCCCAUAGCGACUCAGGAAUCUUGUCAGCGGUCAGUUCGCAAGACGGAACGGAAGAGGGCCGGGAGCCCCGACCCGAGGUGGGCGAGGAGGAGGGUUCCUUGGAGCUGUCAGCCGAGGGUGUGAGCAGGGCCAGUUCCUUCGACUCGGACUCAGAGGCCUUCUCUUCACCUUUCUGCCUCUCGCCUAUCAGCGCCGCCCUUGCUGAGAGCAGCAGCUCUGUGUUCCUGGAGAGCGAGAGCGGCUCCCCCUCCAGUGUGGAUGCCCACCUGCAGUUCCCGGAUGGCAGCGGCCUCCUGCAGCCCCCGCGCUGGGAUGAGCCGCAGAGGGCCGGCGCCCUGGAGCAGAUCUGUGGCGUGUUCCGAGUGGAUUUGGGCCAGAUGCGCUCCCUCCGCCUCUUCUUCAGCGAUGAGGCCUGCACCAGUGGCCAGCUGGUCGUCGCCAGUCGGGAAAGCCAGUACAAGGUGUUCCACUUCCACCACGGUGGCCUGGACAAGCUGCCUGACGUGCUUCAGCAGUGGAAAUACUGCGUGGAGACGCACCUCAAAGACCAGCAGGUCGCCGACGAAAAGACGUGUAUGCAGUUCUCCAUCCGGCGUCCCAAGCUGCCGUCUUCCGAGACGCACCCCGAGGAGAGCAUGUACCGACGGCUGGACGUGGCGGCCUGGCUCCGCCACCUGAAUGCUCUGGGGCAAGUGGAAGAGGAGUACAAGCUCCGCAAGGCCAUUUUCUUCGGCGGCAUUGAUGUGUCAAUCCGAGGGGAGGUCUGGCCCUUCCUGCUGCGUUAUUACAGCCACGAGUCUACGUCGGAGGAAAGGGAGGCGCUGCGGGUGCAGAAGAGAAAGGAAUACGCCGAGAUCCAGCAGAAAAGGCUCUCCAUGACCCCUGAAGAGCACAGAGCUUUCUGGCGGAACGUGCAGUUCACCGUGGACAAGGAUGUGGUUCGGACAGAUCGGAGCAACCAGUUCUUCCGAGGCGAAGGCAAUCCCAACGUGGAGAGCAUGAGGAGGAUCCUGCUGAACUAUGCGGUGUACAACCCAGCCAUCGGCUACUCCCAGGGCAUGUCGGACCUGGUGGCCCCGAUCCUGGCCGAGGUCCUGGACGAGUCAGACACCUUCUGGUGCUUUGUGGGUCUGAUGCAGAACACAAUCUUUGUCAGCUCUCCUCGGGACGAGGACAUGGAGAAACAGCUGCUGUACCUGCGGGAGCUGCUGCGGCUGACCCACGCACGCUUCUACCAGCAUCUGGUCUCGCUGGGCGAGGACGGCUUGCAAAUGCUCUUCUGCCACCGCUGGCUCCUGCUGUGCUUCAAGCGGGAGUUUCCCGAGGCCGAGGCGCUGCGCAUCUGGGAGGCCUGCUGGGCCCACUACCAGACAGAUUACUUCCACCUUUUCAUCUGCGUGGCCAUCGUGGCCAUCUACGGGGAUGAUGUCAUAGAGCAGCAGCUGGCCACUGACCAGAUGCUUUUGCACUUUGGAAACCUGGCCAUGCACAUGAAUGGGGAGCUUGUUCUCAGAAAGGCGAGGAGUUUGCUGUACCAGUUUCGCCUCUUGCCGCGGAUCCCCUGUAGCCUGCAUGACUUGUGCAAGCUGUGCGGGACUGGCAUGUGGGACAGCGGUUACAUGCCUGCCGUGGAGUGUACGGGCCAGCACCCAGGGUCGGAAAGCUGCCCGUACGGGGGUACCGUGGAGACGCCUUCCCCCAAGCCCCCCAGAGAAGGCAGGAAGGGUCCAAAGACGCCCCGAGAAGGCUUUAGUUUCCGCAGAUAGGUUGGGCUCCCUGCGCUGGACGAGGGGUGAGGGGACCUCUGCCAGGUCCCAAGCAUGGGGGAGGGGGUGGGGAUGGGCGUGGAGGGGACAGGAUGGUAGAAAUGGAAGGAAAAUGCCCUUGAGCAACAUGAAGGGAAACUUUUCGUAUUAAGGACAAAAUUGGAGUCCGGAAGUGCCAGAAAUAAAACCCGCCAGCUGCCCAGAGAAAAGUCAGCUCCCCAAACAGCAGGACCAGGAUGCACAACCACCCUACCUGGAGAUGCAGGCUGGCUGGGUUCUCGUGUUGCCCACCUUUGAUGGAUCUCAACACAACCCAGGAAUUCCUCCAGCUUCAUCAGCCACCAAAGGGUCCUAUUGCCAGGCAUUGGGAAAGGCAGAGACAGAGACAGUAGGAGAGAGACAGCACUGGGGAGCCCAGAACAAGAGGGUCCCAUCCAGGCCCAGAAACAUCUUUGCAAACUGGGCACACCCCCUCAUUAGGCUUCAUUCUUUGAAUGAAUCAGACUCCACAGCUUCUCCAGCCACAACUGCAAAGCUGAUGUGAAGACAUCUGCCAAAAAAAAAAAAAAAAGGCCCCACUGAUUUCAGAGUAGAAAGGUUUAAAAGCAGAAGGCUGGGGGCUUUCAUACUGUCCAUUUCAACAUCUGAUCCUCUUGGUAUGUGAAGAAAUACGCUGCCCAUGAGCCUGAGUACGGGCUGUUGAAGUGUUGAAUUCUUCUCCCUUAGUUGAAGAAUCGUCUACAUUCGGCAGUGUUGAAGGCCAUUUUCACCAAAUACUGCGACCAACUUGGGGUUGGAUGGGUCGAGGUGUUUAUGUGUGUGUGUGCACGCAAAAUUCUCUGAAGGGAAUCUGCAGUGUUUGAGGGAAGGGACACAAUGUGAACUGACCAGCCGAGACAAAGGCAGCUGAAAGUGCCAGAAACACUCCCACUUCCCUGCGGGGUCUGCGUUCUGCCGUGACUGCAGGUCUUCUGUAAGUCAGCGUCUCAGGUGGUCAGAUGCGCGAGCAACCACUGUACAAUAGCCGUCACUCAGGGCACCCCUGCUUUCUGUGUGGGAACCAGGUCUUCCCAGCACACUCUCCCUGCUCCCAGAGCCUCCCUAGCUGCUCCUUCUGGGAUUUAGAGGAGGACAGACAAGGACACAGGAAGACUCCCAGCCAGCAUAGAGGACUGGAGCUAUUUGCACGGGAAGCCGCCCUCUUGAACUGACAGGAACAAGGAGCCUGGAAUCGUUGUUCCUUGAAUCUUCCUGAACAUCCUUCUAGGGAGAAAAAUCCUUGAAGUGCUGAGAGUCAUCACAGAGACACAGCCCAACCAAGGCUUCUUCCUGCCCUCAGCUUUUCUCACAGAGUGGAUGCUGCUGGAUGGCGCCACUUUAAAAAGUUGUUUAUCAACAGGAAGGAGGAAGUUAUCAGCCUCUUCCCUUCUCAGCUUCUCUAUGAACCCGUGUCCUCCAGCGGGCAGAAGACUGACACUGGUACUUCCAGGUUCCUGACACCUCUGUCCAAGAGCCUUUUGGGGAGACUGUCCUGGAGCCCCAUCAAUGCCCAGAUCUUGGGGUACCGAACAUUAUAGUCCAGCAGCAGGGUCCAGGCUGGAUAGACUUCUCAUCUGCUCAGCUUCUGGGAAAAGAGGAUUGCCUUUCCAUCCAGAGGAUGGCUCCUGAUCUAUUAUGGAGGUGGCUUGAGUUACACAGGCACUGUGUUGACCCUCCUCUAGAGACCACAUCUCCAUGAACAGGCAUAUCAGUUACCCAUUGCCACAGUAAUGCUGCAUAACAAAUAGCCCCCAAACAUGGCAGCCUCAAAUAGCAUGCACUUAGCUAGCCCUUGGGUCUGUGGGGCAGCAGCUCCAGCUAGGCAGUUCUGGUCUGGGUUGGGCUAUUAAGUCCCAACAGGGUGCUCACACAUGUAGAGGUGUGUAGAGGUCAGAUGUGGCUCUGCUCCAUGCCUCUUGCAUCCUUCCCACAAGCCAGUCCCGGCCAAGGCAAAGGUGCAGAAUCAGAAGUGUGUAGGCACCUUCCCAAGCCUUGACAGAUGCUACCCCUGCUCAUCAUCCCAUUGGCCAAAGCCAGUCACAUGGCCAGACUCAGCAUCUAAGGGUGGGGAAAUGGACCCUCCUCUGCAGUAAGAGAAGUCACAUGCCUAGGGGCUAGGGAUUCAGGGAGGGGUGAGGAGCCAGGUAGGGAGCUGGAACAGUCUACCAUUACCGCCACAAAAUCCUGGUCCAGAUAACAGUUUUGGAACUCGCCUUUUACCAGGGGCAUGACUUCCUCCUGAAGGGACUGGAGAUGUCUAAGCGGGGAAAAGAAUGCUCCCCUCCCUUCUUCUGUAGCCAGAGUGCAUCUGCACAUUUUCUGAUACCUUGUGCCUUUGGGCUGCUGGGUGGGGUGGAGGGAGAGGGGUCCCGGGUUCCCUUACUUUGAGGGUACUGGGUGGAGAGCACUCAUUCUGAACCUCCCAGCUCCCACAACCCCUCACCCUCACAGCUCCCCAAGACCUUGUACCAAGUGCCACCCCCGCCUUCACUGCUCCCACCUCGCACUCUGUGUGCUGGGCUGGGACCCAGUGUGGUCUGGGCUUCGUGGAGCAGCCAGGACCUCAAAAAGCCGAAGACCUGGGUAUAUGGGCUCUGUGAGGUCCCGCUGCUCCAGAGGGAUGAAGAAAGCCCGCCCUUAUACGGCUCCCUUAAUCUGGAUGCAAUUAGAGGAAACCAGCCAAAAACCCUGCGGCAGCUGUUGCCCCAGGAUUAUUCCCAGCCAGCAAAAGGCAUUAGGGUGAUAAUUCAGUCAUUAGACUUCCAGCCUUCCCACCACGAGAACGUGCAAAUUCGGGAUAAUCAGCCCGGCACGGCCAUCUUCCGCGAUGCUGCUUAUUUAACCCAUUUUUUAAAAAUGACACUUAAUGUUAUUGGCUGGUGUGCGUGUGCACGCAUACUUACAAGUUUCCCCACUGCUAAUGUCUGUGCUGACGUUACCUGGUGUCGUCGGGGCCUCUGGGAAGAGAGGGCACCUUUGAUGCGCACGUGCUGGCCAGGAAAGGGCAGAGGGGCACAGACUCACCAGCCAAGUGUGGGGUUCACCCUCCCAAGGAAGGGGAGACAAUGGCAGAAUGAAGGUGGGCGAUGCACAAGCUGGAGAAACAGUGGGAUUGGGGUCUGAUUAAGUGCAGAGGGGAACAGUGUGCUAUUCCAGAAGGUUCUGACUUAAGUCCCAGCAGGGAAGACUUGGAACUCACAAAUCAAGGGAAUCGGUGUUCUUGAGCCAAUUAGAGAGGGAGGGAUGGGCAGGCUGGGGAGGACCCGCCUCCAGCCCAGUCCACCUCUGCAGAGGAGGAGGGUCUGCAGUCCAGAAGGGCAGUUCCAUUGGCAGCCAUGGUCUGGACGCUAUUAGCAGGCAGCACUGUGUUGUCUUGAUUGGACAGGACAGUGUCAGGCAGGACAGAGGUUUUUGAAUCCAGGACCUUUGAGUUUUCCGUCAAAGCCUGUUGGGGGCAGACAGCUAGACAGGAUGAAGAUGCUGGUCCUGAAAUGAGGGCAGAAGUGGCUGGCAGAGGUCCCCCAGCUCUGACCUUUGAUUCGGAAAUGGGGCAAAAUCUGUGAAUGGUAGUGGGGGGGCCUCUGUGGCUCUCCCCGGUGUUUUGUGAGGUCCCUCUGAGCUCUCUCGUCUGUGUCUUGUUUGGUAGAAAUAGCUGGGAAGGGGCAGCUAUAAUAGAGGGAGACUGGGUGGUGGCAGGAGGACCUGGGUUCACCCUGCCGAGGGAAGGAAGCCUCUUCCAGUUUGUCUGCCCAGCAGAGGCCCCUAGAGGCUGCCCUGCCUCCGAGGAAGGAGGCGGAGUGUCCCCGGGAAAUCCCACACACACGUGCAGGGGUGUGGCCAGCCUGGGAGCUGUGCCAUGAACCCACAGCAAGGGGAGGGAGCCUGUGGGUCUGGCUUGAGCCUGGGCACUUCCCCUGGAGAUCCUGGGGAACCAGAUGGCCCAGGAUCUGAUUAGCCUUGGCUUUCUAAGCCAGGCUGCAAGGCCUUCCCUCCGAGUGAAAGCAUUCUGUCCUCAGCCAUCCCUGGCUCAGAAGAGGGAACUGCCCCCACAGUUGUGAAGCCUAAGAACAGGGCUCCCCUACUGAGGGUGAGCAGUGCUGUGUGGAAGGAAGACACUCACCUAGGGGUCAGGACCCUGGUUCCCGUCCUGUCUCUGACCCUUUCCAGGUGCAUGACCUCCCCCACCCUGAGCCUCUGUUCCUUCAUCUGUAGAAAGGAAACACUGCCUCUGGCUUAGCCCACCUCACAGGACUAGCGCAGGAACUCUCCAGGUGAAGGUGUCAUGAAGAUGGUUUCCCAGCCCCGGGGGCCUCAUCAUCUCAGGGAAGAGACCACUGACCUUGGCCUUGCAGCCUUGGCCGAGAGGCGGCAUGCUUCAGGAGUCAGCAAACCCCCUCCCUUCCACACGUCUGCCUGACUGCGUGUCCCCAGCUGGGGGGACUCCUCUGUGCCUCUUCUGUGAAAUUCACCCCAUGCCACCUCACUCCAGCCACGGGGAAGACCCACCGUGAGCCAUGACCUUGGUGACCCCGAGAGACGUGUCUGUGUGCGGCGUGUCUAGCUCUGCAUCAGGACAUGGCCCAGGCCUCAGGGUCCUCCCCUGGGGCUGUGAAACCCACUUGAGCCUGGGAGCGGGGAGGGGGCUGUGGCCCUCUGAGACAGGCUGUAGAGAUGGAGAGGGAUGUCCCUGGGCCUCUGGGGGGCAGAGCGGGCAUGCAGACAGGCUGCAGGCAUCUGGCUGUUAAACACAUUGCGCUCAAUUUCUAGGUAGGAAAGUAUGUUUCCGGUUGAGAGAUCAAGUCACUUGGUCAUCUUCUCUCCAGCACCUUGGGUUAGUCAGAGGGCAGGGUUUCUGUUGGGAAAAUUUAAAGAAAUUUCCACCAUUACCAAGAGAUCACUGAUGUCUGUGGCAAGCAAUUCGUUCUCUGUAUUUUAUUUUGUUUUUUAAAUGUGAUCGCCCGCUGCCCCAGGCUUGGGACUGACCACUCUGACCGCUGGGGCCCCAGCCCCUACAGUGCUUCCGGCUCUCGUGGAUCCCACUGCAAAGUAAAUAAAAUCAUACUGACAACAAA